CCUCGACUGUGGAAAUUCUGGGUCUUUUGUUGCUCCUGGUGCAGGCUAAUAAAGUUUUCUUUUUAUUUCCAGUUUUUACCGGGGCAGUUCCCCUCGCAGGGCGGCGGUUCCGGGCCUGGCGCCCCUGGCCGGGGAGCGCGGGGGAAGGGGCGCCGGGCGGGCGCGGGGCGGGGGGAGGGACCGUAGCCGCCCCCGGGGUCGCCCCUGCUCGAUCGGCGCACCGCCCUGCCUAAAUAGCUGCUCUCCGACUUGUCUCCUUGGCCCUCUGCGCGUCCCUGCUGCCUUGCCUCGCGCAGCCUUCCCUAGGUCUCCAAACGACCACCUCACGGAUUCCUUAUGGAUCGCAGCUCCAAGAGGAGGCAGGUGAAGCCUUUGGCCGCUUCUCUCCUGGAAGCUCUUGAUUAUGAUAGUUCAGAUGACAGUGAUUUUAAAGUUGGAGAUGCUUCAGAUUCUGAAGGGAGUGGUAAUGGAAGUGAAGACCCUUCAAAGGACAGUGGAGAAGGUUCCUGUAGUGAUUCUGAGGAAAACAUUUUAGAAGAAGAACUGAAUGAAGACAUUCAAGUAAAAGAAGAACAGCUUAAAAAUUCUACAGAGGAAAUAAUGUCAUCAGACAAACAGUUAAUUAAAAUGGAAAAGAAGGAAGAAGAUGAAAAUGGAGAAAGACCUAGAAAGAAAAAGGAGAAAGAGAAGGAGAAAGAAAAGGAAAAAGAGAAGGACAAAGAAAAAGCAACAGUGUCUGAUAGUGCAGCUGCUUCUGCUGCUGGCACCACACCAGCCACAAGUCCUCCUGCUGUUACCUCCCCUCCUGUCCCUACCACCACCACCACCACCACAGAGGAACAAAUCAGUGAGCCCAAGAAAUGGAAUCUUCGUCGAAACCGGCCCCUCUUGGACUUUGUAUCCAUGGAAGAACUGAAUGAUAUGGAUGAUUAUGACAGUGAGGAUGAUAAUGACUGGAGACCUACUGUAGUAAAGAGAAAGGGGAGAUCGACAUCUCAGAAGGAGGGCAGUGAUGGAGACAAUGAGGAUGAUGAAGAUGAGGGAAGUGGGAGUGAGGAAGAUGAGAAUGAUGAGGGCAAUGAUGAAGAUCAUAGCAGCCCUGCUAGCGAAGCAGGUGGCAAGAAGAAGAAGAGUAAAGUUCUUAGCAGAAACAGUGCUGAUGAUGAGGAACUGACCAAUGAUAGCCUGACCCUAUCUCAAAGCAAGAGUAAUGAGGACUCGCUGAUUCUUGAAAAGAGUCAAAACUGGAGUUCUCAGAAAAUGGACCACAUUCUGAUUUGCUGUGUUUGUCUUGGAGAUAAUAGUGAAGAUGCAGAUGAAAUAAUCCAGUGUGACAAUUGUGGCAUUACAGUUCAUGAAGGUUGUUAUGGAGUUGAUGGGGAGAGUGACUCUAUUAUGAGUUCGGCUUCUGAAAACUCCACUGAGCCUUGGUUUUGUGAUGCCUGUAAAUGUGGUGUAUCUCCUAGCUGUGAGCUAUGUCCUAAUCAAGAUGGGAUUUUCAAGGAGACGGAUGCUGGAAGAUGGGUCCACAUCGUUUGUGCCCUAUAUGUUCCUGGAGUAGCCUUUGGAGAUAUUGAUAAAUUACGACCAGUAACAUUAACAGAAAUGAACUAUUCUAAAUAUGGUGCCAAGGAGUGUAGCUUUUGUGAAGACCCUCGCUUUGCUAGAACUGGAGUUUGCAUUAGCUGUGAUGCAGGCAUGUGUAGAGCCUAUUUUCACGUUACUUGUGCCCAGAAGGAAGGCCUGCUUUCAGAGGCAGCAGCAGAAGAGGAUAUAGCAGAUCCAUUUUUUGCUUAUUGUAAGCAGCAUGCAGACAGGUUAGACAGAAAAUGGAAAAGAAAAAACUACUUGGCUCUACAAUCCUAUUGUAAAAUGUCAUUGCAAGAGAGAGAAAAACAGCUAUCCCCUGAAGCACAGGCAAGGAUCAAUGCCCGACUACAGCAAUAUCGUGCCAAGGCAGAGCUUGCUCGAUCUACCAGACCACAAGCCUGGGUUCCAAGGGAAAAGCUACCCAGACCACUCACAAGUAGUGCUUCAGCCAUUCGUAAGCUUAUGCGCAAAGCAGAACUGAUGGGAAUCAGUACGGAUAUCUUUCCAGUGGACAACUCAGAUACUAGUUCUAGUGUGGAUGGAAGGCGGAAACAUAAGCAGCCAGCUCUCACUGCUGAUUUUGUGAAUUACUAUUUUGAGAGAAAUAUGCGCAUGAUUCAAAUUCAGGAAAAUAUGGCUGAACAAAAGAAUAUAAAGGAUAAAUUAGAGAAUGAGCAAGAAAAGCUUCAUGUAGAAUAUAAUAAGCUCUGUGAAUCAUUAGAGGAAUUACAAAAUCUGAAUGGGAAACUUAGAAGUGAAGGGCAAGGGAUAUGGGCCUUACUUGGCCGAAUUACAGGGCAGAAGUUGAAUGUACCAGCAAUCUUACGAGCACCUAAGGAGAGAAAACCAAGUAAAAAAGAAGGAGGCACACAAAAGACGUCUACUCUUCCUACAGUGCUUUAUAGUUGUGGGAUUUGUAAGAAGAACCAUGAUCAGCAUCUUCUUUUACUGUGUGACACCUGUAAACUGCAUUAUCAUCUCGGCUGCCUUGAUCCGCCGCUUACACGGAUGCCGAGAAAGACAAAAAACAGCUAUUGGCAAUGCUCAGAGUGUGACCAGGCAGGGAGCAGCGACAUGGAAGCAGAGAUGGCCAUGGAAACCUUACCAGAUGGAACGAAACGAUCAAGGAGACAGAUUAAGGAGCCAGUGAAGUUUGUCCCACAGGAUGUGCCACCAGAACCCAAGAAGAUUCCAAUAAGAAACACGAGAACCAGAGGACGAAAGCGAAGCUUUGUUCCUGAGGAAGAGAAACAUGAGGAAAGAGUUCCUAGGGAAAGAAGGCAGAGGCAGUCUGUGUUACAGAAGAAGCCCAAAGCUGAAGACUUAAGAACUGAAUGUUCAACUUGCAAAGGAACUGGAGAUAAUGAGAAUCUUGUCAGAUACCCUUCAUGAGACCCAACUCUGCCACAGCUCAUCCUCGGAGGCAAUCCCGGAAACCACUUUUAUAAGUGUGAUUUUAAAAAUGUGGAUAAAACUCUCAAUAGAGCAUAUAAACUAAAGGAGAACAGCUAUCUUGUCCUUCCCAUGAGCUUAUCACUGCAAAAAGUGCUUUUGCUUGUCAAGUUUGGAUAGAAUGUAAUUGAUUGGUUUAUUAUAUGGGUAGACAAGGCAGUUAAUUUGCCUGUGUGGAUUUUUUCCCUUUUUCUAUUUUUGUUCUCUCUCUUUCUUUCUCUCCCCCCCUCUCUCUGUUACAAUACUCAGAAACACUUGGAGUAUGCAUUAUUAAAAACAAUAGUGGUAAUGUCUUGUCAGAAUUAUUUUAGUUGGUAAAUGUCUUCCCUCUUGUUUCUUUGGCGAAAGUCAAUACAGUAUUUGGACUGAAAACUAAAGGAAGCCAGUGGGACUUGCCUGCUCUGUGCUACCCUGUUACUGAAAGAUUCUCUCUCUGAUAUUUGUUUGUAAAAAGGACAAUGCUUUCCACUGAUCUGCAAGUCUGUAUUACCUCAUUUACUGUGUAUGUUAUACACAAAAACAACCCUAGACUCUUAUAUAAUGCUAUUUCUAUUGUGUAUUUAGCAAAAGUGAAGGACUGGUGAAGAUUACAACUCUUUGAGUACUUUGGAAGCACUUGAUGUCAGCACGGACAUUCUAUAACUAGAAUUUAAACUCAAGAAUGAAAAUAGUAUCUGUAUUAGUCUUUAGGUAUUUUUUUCAGAAAUAUCCACAUUUAUUCCUUAUUGUUUUAUUUAAUAUGAACUUUCUGUGUUCCAUAUAAUCUUACUUUUUGAACUUAAAUGUGAAGCUAUGAAAUGAGGGAAGAAAUACAGAGCUCGUUGAGUAUACAGCCUGCCUGCUGAACAAUCUUCACCAGCCCCUGUGUCUUCCCAGAGGUUCACAGAUUUAUAUUUGAUCCUCAUGCUUUACUGAUCCACUUUAAAGUCAACGGCAGAAAUACUUUGAAUAUUGUACUACUUAAUCUUGAACUGAUUUAGAAGAGCCUGCUGAAAUUGAAAUACACAUAUACAUGUAAAUUGUCAAACUGUCUCUUGAAAUUCCAUUGUUUAUCAUUGUGAGUUUGGACUUUUUCAGGUAUAAGGGCAUUUGGAAUAGUUUAAACUUUAGAAUUAGAAUAGCAAGUGCUGUAGAUAGUAAAUGCAAGUGUAAUUGUAAAGCUGGUGUUUCUAGUAAUCUGUAGUUACAAGAAUCAUAUGAUUGUAUAAACUGUUUAGUAAAAUUAAACAUGUAUGAAAUAAUGUAUAAGGAUACUAGUAGUUUAUUGAUCUUACUCCACUGGAAAAAUACUCAUAAUUCUUAGAAAAAGAAAUAUACUUUCUUUGAAUAUAAAGAAGAACCAAUUGACAUUACUUAACUUAUAGAGAAAAUGAUGAACUCCAGCAAAAUUUAAGAGAAAUGACAAUGGAUGUUUACCAUUUUUCAAGUGAACUAUGCUUUAGUCCAAUUGUCUUUUAGCAUAAGGUAAGAAAAUAUUAAUGGAUAUUUUUAAAUUUAGGGUUUCUUUUUCCCUCUGAUGGGUUUCUGUUUGGGUUCUGAGAAGUCAUAGGUAGCAUGGUUGUAGUAGCAGUGUUAACCAAAAGCUUUUCCACAGUCAUUAACUAUUACAACAGUGUAAUUGUCAUUCUUUACCAUUCAGUUUUUAGUGGUAAAUUAUACUCUUCCAGGUCUGGUAAAAGACCCAUGUUACAUGUUGUCACAGGUCCUACAUGAUAUAUUCUUAAAAGUCAUACUCAAAACAGAAUGAAGCAUUUCUUCUAAAAAUCUAAAUGAAGAACAAAAUUAACUUUUGCCCAUUAUUGGCCUUUUGCUCUUCAAGAUAAAAAUUAAUGUUUAUCUGAGAAAACAUUUGUAAGUAAUUUAUAUCUUAUAAAUAUACAUAAGAGAAUGACAGCUCAAGUAUUUGACAGUUAUUUGUUGCAGAAUAGGAAACAGAAGAAAUAUUAAAAUGUCAGGAAGGAGCUGAUAUUUUAAGGGAGAGUGCUUAAUUGGUAAAGUGCCAUAUUAGCAUCAGUAUGUACCCAUGUGAAAAGCUGGCACAGGCUUAUAACCCUAGGAAUGCAAAACACAGACAAAAGGAUCUCUGUGACUGACUGGUCAGCCACCCUACAGAUUUGACAAAUACCAGGCCAAUGAGAGACCAUAUAUCAAAAAAUAUGGUGGAGGAUUUCUGAAGCUGUAUGGCAGCCCAACAUACACACACACUCAUAAGCACUUGUACACACACAUACACAGACACACACACAAAUGAUAUUACCUCACCUAACACAUAAUAUUGGGAAGGAAGUUAAAUGCCUCUGAAUUACAAAUUAGCUGAUAUACAAAACAGUAAUUUAUCAGAGUCAUGGGAAGACUUUUUUGAGACUCGGUUAGCUAUCAUCUUCUCCUUAUCUUCCAGCCCCACCAAAUGUUCUCUUCGUGGCUUUCUGGAGUUUCUAAUUCUGUAGGUCUACGAUGAAACUCAAAAACCUGAGUCCAUAGAAGGUUUUAAGUAGUGUUGAUUUAGCUGGUCAUGGAUGUUACUUUGAGAACAAUUCAUAUACAGUUAUUUGUUUAAAAUAGUCAUUAAUUUAUUCAAUGUUGAUUAAUAAUGAGUGUGGGUUUAAUGCCUUUAAAGGAUUCUUCAAUUUCUCAAAAGAUUUAUUUCUAGACAGAGGGUUUGUAGAAAAGUAGUAACUUCUGAAACAUAUAAAGUACAA